UUGAGGGGACGCUCCCCCGCCCUGGCAACGAAGUGGUAUCGUCCAAAGAUGGCAUCCUCCGUGUUGAAACGAUGUGUGACUGCAGCUGUCAAAGUUAAACGUUUAUCUCCGUCUUUCUCAGCUAGGAGAUGGUUGCUCUCAGCAGCUUACACCGACACCAAACUGUGGGAGGCGAGAGAGAAAGAUCCUCAGAACCUGGCUGAACUGGCUGCCAUUAUGGACAGGACAUAUGACAAGAAUCUCCCAGUCAGCUCUCUGACUGUGUCGCGGUUUGUUGAAAACAUAUCAUGUCAGGAGGAAAUUGAUCAAGCAGAGUACUACCUUUACAAGUUUCGUCACAGUCCAAACUGUUGGUACCUGCGAGACUGGACGGUUCACAGCUGGAUCAGACAGUGUCUAAAGUACGGGGCCAGUGAGAAGGCUCUGUACACACUUAAAAACAAGGUCCAGUAUGGAAUAUUCCCAGAUGACUUCACCUUCAACCUGCUCAUAGAUCUUUACAUUAAGGAUGGAGACUUUAAAAGUGCGUGCUCUGUAGUGGAAGAGGUGAUGCUUCAGGAGGCCUUCAACCUUCCCACCACACAGAUCCUGUCUCUGUAUGCUCUGGGCAGUUACCUAGCAACCAGACCACAACUCACUGUGUCAGAGGAGCGAGUUUUGGGGGCAUCACUGCUUAUCUGUGGACUGACACAAGACAGCACUAUUGGCCUCAGCGCCCAACUACUUGGCAAUGCUCUCCUCGGCAAGGUGGAGAAUUUAAAGGGCAUUCAUGCCGUGUUCAGAGGGAUGCCUCUCUUCUGGGGUCGUGGAUAUAUGAGCCGAGCGCUGGAUGUCAUGGAGAGAGUGGCUGCUGCUUCCGGUGACAUUAAGCUUUCCAAAGACACACUGGCCUAUGUGAAUGACUUGCUGCAGGAGCUGUCCUCCACCUCAGACUCUGGCUCUUCUGGAGAGGAGUCAGGAGGUGAGGAGGACAAGAAGGAAGAAACUGUAGACGAAGAUGAUGCGGCUGAGCAGGCUAAGCUACCUCAGUAUGCCAGCAGAUUCAAGGAACUGAGCAGCCAGCUGGAGUCUCAGGGUAAAGUGGACUCUACCUCCUUCCACGACUUAGUGACCGCUCUGGCCCAGCAGAACCUGGCCGCUGCAGAGAAACCGGACCUGGAGCAGUACGAGAGCCGGGUGCAGGCCUGGGAGGCCGAGAAGAAGCAGCUGAUCCAGAGAGAGAAGGAAAUGAGGAUGAAGGCUGAGCAGGAGAGACAGGAGAGGUUAGCUGCCAAGGCUGCGGCUCAGCAAGGCGUAAAAGACACUGAGGAUGGAGCUGAAUAAGGAUCACCAAACUAUUCUUUGAGUAUGUACAUCAAAAUUGUGUAUACUUAAGAGAUAGAAUUAAGAGUUUUGUGUCCCUAAAAUUGUUGAAUAUCAACAUUGUUAACAUUACAUCUGGUUGUGUCACUUUGUAUAUAUUAGUUAUUGUGUGCUUAUGUGAUAAGUAUUGCUCUGUUUUCAUAGAAUUAAAUAGGGCUAACAUAAGUAUACUGUCACAUUAAAAUCGAUUUCCAUUUUCA